AUGGCUUCCAUGCUUGUAGACCCUGAUUGGGCUAGCCUCAAUCUUGGUGCUAUGGUCUGUAUCAGUUGUAGCGGCGUGCACCGCCAGCUGGGCACUCAUAUAUCUCGAAUACGCUCCCUUCAUUUGGAUGACUGGCCUCCUGAGCCUGUCAGCGUGAUGCGCGCCAUCGGUAACACACUUGCCAACUCGGUCUGGGAGGCUGCCGUGCCUGUGAACGCUGGAAAUCGGCGGUGGGUUUGUUGUCUACCUCAUUCUAUAUAA